AUGUCUGGCCAGCAGCCCCUGACCUUGGCCCUGGGGGUGCUUCUCAUUCCUUUCUCCUUGCCCAGCCCUCUGCUGCCCUCUGUGGUGGUCCAGGCCCGGAUGGUGCCCAUCCUCGGACCAAAAGGGCAGGGCGUGGGCAGGGCUCCCACGGUCAGCAGCACAGGUGCCGUGGGCCGCCGGGCGCUUCCUCGGCCGCCUCCCCUCGGCCCUCCCCCCGAACUCCCUCGGGUGCUGCUGGAAAACAAGUGCUCUGUGUCAGGCGAGCAGCCCCUGCACAGUUACGCCCCAGUCCCCAGAACAGACGGCUACUCCCGGCUCCUGGGACUCAGCACUGGUGCUCACUCAGCCCCGGAGCCCGGCCUCCCCUUCUGUGCAGCCCGGUCUGUCCAUGGCAGGUCCUCGGCUCGUCGACGCUUCGACUCGACGAUGGCUUGGCGCCGCAGUGGUCUUGGGACGGUGCUGGACAGGACACAGCAGCCCGGCCGCCAGGCUGGGGGCAGGGAGCAGCCUCCCACCCUCCUCCUCCAGGUGCAGAACCUGUCGGGGCAGCCUCUGUGGGUGGAAGAUGCCGGAAAACUUGAGAAGCAGCUCUGGCUGGCUCUCCAGGCCCAGGUGCCACUGGCCAGCGCCUUCUUGCCUUUGGACUUCAUGGCCAACAGCGGCCAGGGCCAGCAGACAGCCCCUCCUGUGGCCUCACUGGCACAGCCCACCCCCACAGCAGCCCAGCCUGGGACCCUCUCCAGGGGGGUGACCUCAUCUUCCGCCCCCGACAUGUACCAGGGCGAGCUCCCUCUCGAAGGACAAGACCUGUCUCCCAGCCCGCUGACGCCUCUGGGAACCCGCGUCCCCGAGGACAGCCCGCGCCUGCUCAGGAGGCGCCAGCCGGUCAGGCGAUGUGAGUGCCGCCCUCGCCCCACGCUGCCGGGCGUGUCUCUGGGAGGGGCCGGGCUCCGGCGCCUGCUCAUUCUGCUGGAUGUUUUGGGCAGGUUCACGAGGGCCUUCCGUCCAUCACGCCGCAGCACUGUUUCCCGCCGGUCUCUCCACCUGGCCAGGCAGCGCCGAGGCCAGAGGGUCCGCUCCUGCAGGGCAGGACUCGCCCAGGACAGACAGAAUGAGAAGACCUCCGUGCCCCUGAGGGGCACCAAGCCCCACAGUCACCGUGGAGACAGGAGCCGGCUGCCGCUGGAAUCCCAAGUCCAAGACCCCAGGAGGCGCCCCUGCCCCAGCAGGAGGGGCCUGACCGCCUGCCAGAUCCGGGGGCUGGGACAACAGGCGGCAAGGAGGUCCCACCGACGGGUGGGAGCGACGAGUUCCCAGAGGUGCCCCCGCCUCAGCGCCCCGGCCCCUGCGGCCCACAGCCACGCCCGCUCCAUCCAGCGCCGGGGGCGGCGCCCUCGGGCCCAGGUCAGCACCAGGAGAGGCAAGCGGUCAAGGGUCACAGGGGUCUGGCGGAGCCACGUCUGGGGACCAGGCUGGGCCCAUGAGAGACCAAUGGGGAGCAGCCAAAGGGACAGGCUCCUGUGUCAGCUGAGCCAGCUGGGCCAGGAUGCAGACCCCCUGGAGGACCCGCUUGCCGGCAGGCCCCGGGCUGCCCUCCUGGAGAAGCACCUGCUGGGGGCGGAGCAGCAGUCACCCAGCACGGGCUGUGGCCCUUUCUUCUAUGUCGGGGGCACCAACGGGGCCUCGAUAAUCAGCUCCUACUGCAAGAGCAAGGGCUGGCAGCGCAUCCAGGACAGCCGGCGGGGUGACUACAAGCUCAAGUGGUGUGAGGUCAAGUGUCGGGACAGCUACAGCAGCUUCCGGGAAGGCGAGCAGCUGCUGUACCAGAUCCCCAACAACAGACUGCUCACCACCAAGAUCGGGCUUCUCAGCACCCUCAGGGAGUACUCGAGGGUUGUCAGCAAGACGUCGCAGUGCACACAGGCCAAAUCUGGAAACGACCCAGCACUCGACCUCGAGGAGCUCCCGUGGAUGAGCCCAGGAUGCCUGGGGCGGCGGAGGUUCCUGAAAAUGGAAGAAUUUUUCCCAGAGACCUACCGCCUGGACAUCAAGGAGGAGAGAGAGGCAUUCUUCACGCUCUUUGACGAGACCCAGACGUGGAUCUGCAAGCCCACCGCCUCCAACCAGGGCAAAGGCAUCUUUCUGCUCAGGAACCAGGAGGAAGUCGCCACUCUCCAGGCAAAGACCCAGAGCAUCGAGGAAGACCCCAUGCACCGCAAGAUGCCAUUCCGGGCUCCUCAGGCUCGAAUUGUGCAGAGGUACAUCCAGAACCCGCUGCUGCUGGAUGGGAAGAAGUUUGACGUGCGCGCCUACCUGCUCAUCGCCUGCACCGUGCCGUACAUGGUCUUCUUUGGCCACGGCUACGCGCGCCUCACCCUCAACCUUUACGAUCCCUGUUCUCAAGACCUGAGUGGCCACUUGACCAACCAGUUCAUGCAGAAGAAGAGCCCGCUGUACGUGCUCCUGAAGGAGGACACGGUGUGGAGCAUGGAGCAGCUCAACCGCUACAUCAACCACAAGUUCAGGGAGCCCAGAGGCCUCCCCAGCGACUGGGUCUUCACCACCUUCACGAAGCAGAUGCAGCAGAUCAUGGCCCACUGCUUCCUGGCCGUCAAGUCCAAGCUCGAGUGCAAGCUGGGCUACUUUGACCUCAUCGGCUGUGACUUUUUGAUUGAUGACAAUUUCAAGGUGUGGCUGCUGGAGAUGAACUCCAACCCCGCCCUGCACACCAACUGUGAAGUCCUGAAGGAGGUGGUGCCCCGCGUGGUCACGGAGACCCUGGACCUGGCGCUGGAGACCUUCCAGAAAAGCUUGCGCGGCCACAGGAUGUUGCCGCUGCUGUCGCAGCGCCGCUUCGUGCUCUUACUCAACGGCGAGACCGACUUGUGGCCGCGCCCGGGGAGCUCCCGCAACGUCCCCCGACCGCCGCCCCGGCUGGCCUCUGAGGCCGCAUCCACCGCGCCCCAGACCCGCGCGGCAGACCAGCUGGGCGCGCGCAGGCCCAGGCCGCCCCGCUCCGCGCAGGGGCACCCCCGGCCUCACUCCCCCGGCCCCGACGGCGCCCCGGGCAGCGAAGGGCCGAGAGCAGAUAACAGGAACCUGGCGCGGGAGGCCUCCCCGGGAUCGGCCGAGGAGGACCGCGAGGGUCGCAGGAGCGAGGACCACCGCGGCUCCUAGCGGCCCUCGCCCGCGCCCUCACAGG